CACGAUUGACUUUUCGACGACCAGAAUCUACACAGAUUGGUUGCAGUUACCAUAUUAGAAUUGGUAAAACUCACUACUAUUCAUUCUUAACCUGCAUUCAUUGUGCCUACAAUGCCACACUACCACUGAUAGGUCACCCAGGAGAAGAUUGUGAUAAGCUAAGUCAGCAUUUUGAUGAAAAAUAUGAAAAUCUGUGUACAGGUGAGGUCCCUUACUUAUUUACCUACAUAUUAUAAGUAGUUACCUACCUAUCUAUUAGAAGUGAAUUAACGCAGCCUAAUAAAAAUAUUCUAACAUAUCUAUUUGUGUCUGUGUGGCGCUCACAAUGCAGAUUUGAGAAAUGAAUACGAAAACAUCACGAAAGAUGAAAAGUCGGUUAUUUGUAAAACAUCUCCAGAACGUUACAUGGUCUCUGAUGAAUCAACCUCCGUUUCUCCCGAUCAUGAAAUGAAAUCAACUGGCUUGUUGGGUAGCAAAAGACCAACGCAAAUGGAUAAAAACAAAAGGAAAAAAAUCGAUAAAAACAAAAGAAAAAAAACCAAGGCACCUCGCACCAAAAUUACAUCAUCGCAACCACCAAUGAAGGACUCCACCACAAAUACAUUUUGUGACACGAGACAGUUCAAAACAUCAGCAUCAGCCCACAUUAGGGCAGGUUCCAUGGAUCAUCAAAGUUCACCUGCAUCGACAAUACAUACACUAGAAAGAUCACCAGGCAGUUCUACAAUUUCAGAAUUCCGUAAAUCGACAUAUAGGAAAACAAUUCCAACUAAAAGAAUGAAACUUUCUAAUCUUACCACAAUACUUAUGCCUGCCACAAUUGAGAAUGAGUUCGCAAGUACCAGAGGAAUGAACUCUACAACACCACCAAUUCACUCGACAAAUCAAAAUACCAGUGCAUUAAAAUUGAAUGCUACCAUUUCCACACCUACAUUUGCAACAAUGGGAACAACAACCAAUGUCAACAGAGUCUUGACAGAAUUUGACACAACGCUUCGUCCAGAUACUACCACAUGUAGAAAGACAACCAGAUUUUUGAAUACCUCACAUCCUGGGUCCGCUAUCACAUCUCCCACUAUUUCUCUCACAGAAAUUAGUACCAUGGUAUCACCUUCAACUGAAGUCAACACAACGAUUCGCCAAGUUACAACCACCUGCAGGAAAACAACUAAACAUUCAAACACCACCAAUCCUGAAUCUACGAUCAUACCUAUUCAGUCAAUGACCCAAACACCUACUUCCUCAGAAGACACCACUACAGUUCCAUCCAAAUUGAAAGAGCGUAUAGCAAUUUCUCUAGUUACAACCACAUGCAGAAAGACAACAAAAGUUUUCAACACCACAUAUUCUGCACCUGCAAUUGCUUCUCAAUCAACACCCACCUCCACCAAAAGUGUCAGCGUUGUACCAUUGACUGCAGAAGUCACCACAACAGCUGGCCCAGUUACAACCAAAUGCAGGAAGACAACAAGACUGGAAAAUGCCAAGCAAUCUGCAUCUACAGCAGCAUCAUCUCAUUCAACCACCGAAGCACUUGCAAUGGAACCAUUGAGUACAACAUCAAUUACAUCUACAUCAACAGCUACAUUUUCUGCAAUGGCUCAAUCACAAAAUCAUACUGCGCUUGCAACAAUUUCUAUAGAAGACCGUUUAUCAAAAGACAACACAACCCUUCACUCAGUUACAUCAACAUGCAGAAAGACGACAAAAUCUAUGAAUACCACACAUCCUGCAUCUUCUAUCACAUCAUUUCUCCCAAUAACCUACACACCUACCUCCACAAAAAACAAGAGUAUUGUAUCAUCCACAACAAAACUCUCCACAAAACCUCAUCCAGUUAAAACCACAUGCAGAAAGACAACAAAAAUUCUGAACAUCACACAUUCUGCAUCAACAGUCCCUCUGUCUCUUUCAACAACUCGGACACCCUAUUCCUCAAAAGAGAAGAGUUUUAUAUCAUUCACAACAGAACUUGCCACAACAGCUCGUCCGCUUAAAACCACAUGCAGAAAAACCACCAAACUUCUCAACAUCACAUAUUCUGCAUUGACAGUCCCUCCAUCUCUUUCAACAACUCGGACUCUAUCUUCUUCAAAAGACAAGAGUUUUGUACCAUCAGCAACAGAACUUGCCACAACAGCUCGUCCACUUAAAACCACCUGCAGAAAAAUGACCAAACUUCUCAACAUCACACAUUCUGCAUCAACAGUCCAUCCAUCUCUUUCAACAACUCGGACACUCUCUUCCUCAGAAGACAAGAGUUUUGUACCAUCCACAACAGAUCUUGUCACAACAGCUCGUCCACUUAAAACCACAUGCAGAAAAACGACCAAACUUCUCAACAUCACACAUUCUGCAUCAACAGUCCCUCCAUCUCUUUCAACAACUCAGACACCCUCUUCCACAGAAGACAAGAGUACUGUACCAUUCACAACACCUCGUCCACUUGAAACCACACACAGAAAAACAACCAAACUUUUUAACACCACACAUUCUGCAUCAACCAUCAUAUUUUAUACAACAACCCUAACACCCGCCACACUACAACUAAAUAGGAGCACAACUACACCUGUACCUACCACUAUACUCGCUGCAAUAACCAAAUUAACAACUCAGUCAUCCACCACAAAGAUGUACAAUACAACUGUAGCCAUGCCUACUAAUACUACACCAUCUGCAUUCAAACUCCCAUCAUUAAAUGCAACAACAGAACAACCCAGUACGGAGCAAUCAAACACCACUAUUUUUGAAAAAGAAGUUACAACGAUGAUAUCACCUAUGAUAACAUUCAACACAACAAUUCAUCGACAAAAAAGUACAUGUAGGAAAACCAUUAGGACUACAACACCAACAUAUUCAACAACCCAAACAUCUGCGAAAAAGAAAUUGAAUACAACCACAACUCUCAUGCCCACUACCAUGAGAACUGCAUUCAAUGCAACUCCUGCCACUUACAGAAAGAAAGUUACUUCUGUCAGCACCACAUCUUCAACAUCUAUCAAUAGAGUAAACUUGACUAACUUGACUAAACCACAAAAUUUCACUGAUCCUUCAUCAACAUCUUCUGUGGCUGAGCAACCUACAACUACUUUGGCAGCAAAACUUAAAACUAAAUUAUCUACAAUGAAAUUCAGCACAACUAGAUAUUAUCCACCAACAACCACCAGUAGAAAAGAAACAACUCUACCUUCAAGUACUGCAGUCUUUUCUCCCACAGUCAAGAACAUUAGCUUGACUUCAUGCAAUAUAACGUUUCUUCCAAUUACAACUCGUAGAAAGACAGCUAAGACUCCACACAGCACAUCUAUGACAAAACAAAUCACAGUUCAUUCCAUAACUUCUUUGAAAACUUCCAGCUUGUAUGUUCCUACUGUAUCUGCCUCGGAAAAGGCUACUGUGAAUUUAACCACCCCACAACCAGUGACAACCACGGAAAUUUCAUCUAUCACUACACAGCACACUACAUCAACCCCUUCCACUAUGUCUAUAAAAACUGCUUCACCCAGCACAACAAUUAGCACUAUUGGACUUUCUACCACAAAAUGGACUACUGCUCAAUCAAAGACAACCAAAGAAAUUUCAUCACCCAUCUCACCCAUGGUUACAACUGAGAGUUCACCUGAGACAAAGGCUAUAACUAUUGGAUUUUCUACAACUACUUCACCCAAUAGGAUUUCUACCACUAGAAGUUCUACAACCACUCCAGCAGAAACAAAACCUCACACCUUCAGGGUUUCUGCAACCACUUCACCCAAAACAACAGUCAGUACUACCACAGUUAAUGCAACUGAACUAACCACCCCACAACCUAAGACAUCCAAGAAAACACCAUCUACCAUUUCAUCCACAAUUGCUACAAAGAUGAUUCUCACAACUCUGGCCAAACCAAAAAAUAUUACAUUCGUUUCUACUUUUGGUGAUAUUUUGACAAUCUCUGGCAUAGAUCUGAAAAUUACGUCACCAAAGACUGAGGCUAGUACCAUUGGAUUUUCUACCAAUAAAUCAACAGCAGUAACAACAUUCGCCCCUACAACAACAACUAGUCUUUCAAAAAUAACUGCUGAUACAACAACAUUUUCUGCUAGAUCUUCUAAACCAACAAUUACACCUAGUCGGACCAUUCUAGAUAAAACCAAAGCUCCAAUUACCAACAUUACACAUACAGCACCUCAAUCAACAAAAUUCUGCAUGACUACAAAUGGCACUGGCACAUCUGCAGCAAAAAGUACAACAACGAUUUCGUAUUCAACCAAGUCUCGUGCAACAACACCACAGCCUGCAACAUUACAAUCAAUUCGGGAAGAAACCAAAACGACAACUGCCAUUUCCAGCUCUAAAACGAAAUCAACCUAUAGUACUGUAUUCACCAAAAUACAGACGCCUACUACCACUACAUACAAACCUACUCCAUCAUCCAUUCUGAUGCAGUCUAAACUCCCAACGAGAAAGGCAAUUCCUUUGAUCACUACAAAAACCAAACUACCUUUUUCACCAACAUAUAAAUCACCAAAGACGUCAUCGUCAACAUUUUUCACCACAUCUCUCAUCAAACACACCGAUUUCACCUCAAAACCAGAACCUACACAACGUACAACUAAGUCAAUUUCAACUCCAGUUAGCACAACACUCAGUAAUCCUCCUACCUUCACUACAUUUUGGAAGUCUAUAAAAACAGAAUCAAUAAAACCUUCGAAAAUCACUCAACAUUUCAAAAGCACAGUGCAACCAAAAUGUCACAAUGGCACAGCAAGCAAACCAAUGACUGAGAAUCUCACCAACUCAACAUUACAAUUGAUAUUCACAAAUCCCACAACUAUAACAACUUUGGCUGCUUGCUUCCGGAAAUCAACUCAGCCUAAAAUUAGUGAUGAGACUACCUCUUCUACACCAUUGUGUGACCCUUGUAAAUACAGAGAUAAAGAGAAUGCAGUGUCCAAGAAAUUCGAAGUUGAAAUACCAGAAACCCAGUCUACAUCUAGUUCAUUGUCGAUUCUACCUACUUCAACAUCAUCUGUGUUCACAUUGAUCUCUUCUCAAACAAAAACAAAAGAAAUUAGUUCUGAAUCAGAAAGUACAAGUACAAUUUCAAACUUCACUUAUCCUGAUCAUAGACAACGACCGUGCAUUUGUAUCAGCUGGUUUGUCAUGGCCUUAAUUUUCAGCGUAGCGUUUCUGUUUGCAUGGUGUUUACUGUGUUGGCAACGUGUGCUGCUAUUUUAAUUUGUAACAAUUGUUUAAUUUUUUAAUGAAAAUAUUUUCAACAUUAAUGAACUUUUAACAAUUCAAUUUUUUUACUGUGACGAUUGGGUUUCCUUGUUCUAUUUUUAAGGCUAUUAAAAAACUAGGUUGUUAUUUUUAAAAUUUUUUGUACCUAAUCGUGAUUUUCUAAUAAAUUAUUUUAAAUUUGUAAAAAAUAAUUAUAAUUAGCUAAAGGUAUUCCAAAAAAUUCAAAAUUUAGCACUGAUGCAUACUGCAUUGAUCAUGGAAAAAUUCACCAGGAAAUUCACAUUCAAGUAAGUAUCUUAUAAAUAUUUUCAAUGUUUGAAUUAUUUUAUAUAAUUUUUAACUAGUCAUUUGUUUUUAAUAAAGUGUUUGAAAUAUUA